GAGGGAGAGAGAGCACAGGGGAGGGAGAGAGAGAGGAAGAUAGAGAGAAGGGGCAGGAUUGAGUGGGAGGAGGGAGGGAGCGAGGGAGGGAGAAAGAGAGAGAGAGAGGAAGAGUGGAAGAGAAGCACUCUGAAGCAAGCGUGAGGUUUUCACUUUCCAUUCUCCUCUCAGCAGCAGUCGGAGAAGUCCACGCUGAGGCACAACAGAAGUGCCUUGCCUGAAGCCUGUAGCUGUUUGGACCUUCUAGACCACACCAGGAGCCCAAGGACUGCCAUCCCUGCCCGCUGAGCUUUCUGAUCCCUGGUCCCUGGUGGUGCCCCCAUCCUACCCAUAAUCCUUCCCUGCCACGUCUACCACCUCUCUGGAACUGUCUCUGCUCCCUUGUAGCCUGACUGUGACAACACAUAGGAUUUUCUUCCUUCUUUGUGGGUGAGAGGGGACUGUCCUCCCGCUGUCCCUCCCUCCACUCCACCCCCUGCUACCUGCUCCCUCUACACAACAUGGGCCAACACGAUCAAUAAUGUGUUUUGCCAUCCAUCUCGCCUGACAGUUUAGCUGAGGAAAGAGAGAGAGAGGAGGACAGAAGUUGAAACCGCCUAUACAAAGCAAGCUUUCGUCAGUGCCACCAGCCCAGUGUCAGGCACUGGAGGAACCUCAUCAGCCCCAGUAACAGGCUCUUAGGAUGGGCAAUAGAUCCUAGGAGAGGCCCUGGCUCACCUCCACAAACAGGCCUUGGAUAGAAAACACCGUCAGAUUGGCUUGUUUCGUUUUGAUUUCUCUCAGUGACAUUAGAAGCAAACUUUCACACACAUCCUGAGACAUCACUUUCUGCCUGGAUAUCCGUUGCUCUUAAUCGGCUACUCCUGCCUGGUUCAAAAUGGCGGUAAACCUGACACCUAUUCGGGACACAAAAUGGCUGACUCUGGAGGUGUGUCGUGAGUUCCAAAGAGGGACGUGCUCGCGUCCAGACAGUGAGUGUAAGUUUGCCCACCCUGCCAAGAGCUGCCAGGUGGAGAAUGGACGAGUCAUCGCCUGCUUUGACUCCCUCAAGGGUCGUUGUUCCAGGGAGAACUGUAAGUACCUACACCCUCCUCCUCACCUGAAGACCCAGCUGGAGAUCAACGGCAGGAACAAUCUGAUCCAACAGAAGAACAUGGCCAUGCUGGCACAGCAGAUGCAGCUGGCCAAUGCCAUGAUGCCCGGCACACAGCUACAGACUACAUGUAUGCCGGUCCCCAUGUUCUCUGUGACGCCCAGCCUUGCUUCUAAUGCCAGUGCUGCUGCUGCAGCUGCCGCUGCGUUUAACCCUUACCUGGGCCCGGUGUCGCCCGGCCUGAUGCCCACUGAGAUCAUGUCCAGCGCCCCGGUCUUGGUGACCAGUAACCCCAAUGUCUCCAUGCCCUCUGCCGCUGCUGCCGCCGCUGCACAGAAACUCAUGAGGACAGACAGACUGGAGGUGUGUCGGGAGUACCAGAGAGGUAACUGUACGCGGGGUGAGAAUGACUGUCGCUUCGCCCACCCCUCAGACAGCACCAUGAUAGACACCAACGACAACACCGUGACCGUGUGUAUGGACUACAUAAAGGGUCGCUGCUCCAGGGAGAAGUGUAAAUACUUCCACCCUCCAGCCCACCUGCAGGCCAAGAUAAAGGCUGGCCAACACCAGGUCAACCAGGCUGCUGCCGCGGCAGCCAUGACUCAGAUGGCUGUCAAAUCACUGAAGCGACCCCUCGACGCAACCUUUGACCUGGGGCUCUCACCUGUUUUACCUCCAUUACCAAAGAGACCCACACUUGAAAAAGCCAACGGUGCCACUGCCAUGUUCAACGCCGCUGGCAUGUUCCAGUACCAACAGGCCCUGGCCAACAUGCAAUUUCAGCAGCAGUUCAUCCCAUCAGGCUCGAUAUUGUGCAUGACACCUGCAACAAGUGUUGAGUGGGACUGGACUGGAUUGGGACAGACUGUGGGUUGCAGACAGGUACCCAUGAUGCACGGUGCUACGCCCGCCACUGUGUCUGCAGCCACCUCCUCUGCCACAAGUGUUCCCUUUGCAACCGCAACAGCCAAUCAGAUUCCAAUAAUAUCUACAGAUCAUCUUACUAGUCACAAGUAUGUGACUCAGAUGUAGAAGUCUCUACCAGAACAAUGAAACUGGAGUGUGUUGGUGUUCCAUCCGUCCCAGACAACAGUUCACCCUUCAUGCCUGUAACCAGAGAAAUAGAAUCUUUAAAAUAGAUUAUAUUUCUAUGCCUGUAAGCAUAGACAUAGAAUCUUUAGAAUAGAUUCUAUUUCUAUGCCUGUAAGCAUAGACAUAGAAUCUUUAGAAUGGAUUCUAUUUCUAUGCCUGUAACAUCCAGAACACCAGGAGACUCCAACCACCUGUAAACUGUAGUGGUUCUGACAUGCAUGCUACUCGAAGAGGUCCAGUUUGUCAUAAGGUGGUGAACAUGUGUAUUCUACACACACCAUACGGACAACAGCACCUCCUACAGAGAGAGGAACAAUGCCAUCUACAGAACAUUACAGCCAUGCCUUUAUAUCUGUGGAGGCAUCAUCCAUUAAAACACCGGACACACUUUGAAUGUCAACAUGAGGAGAUAGUCACGCCCACUAGUUUGUUAUGUCAGCAGACCAAGACUCUCUUUUAUGUUAUUUUCAGUUUGCUUUUCUUUAAUUUAUAUUAUUUUUCAUGGUUUACACAAAGCAAAGGUGCACCUUGUAUUUUAAACAAGAGGGGGAAAUGAAGAGGAAUAGUAACUAAUUGCCAUAUUAGACUGAAUGAAUUGUGCAUGGCUUGUUUGUAGAUGACUUGGUUCUUACAAGACCAACUUGGUUGAAAUGGGUUAGUGGGCUUGGUGCCAUAAUGACAGCUGAAUGUUGUGGGUUUAGCACACCUUUGUGUUUUAAAACCCAUCCCAGAUUUACUAGAUAUGUUGCAAGCUCCACAUAAAGUGCCAUAGACUAUGUAUGUACAUCCCAAAAACCUUUGAGUGUUAUGAGGUCAUUAUAGCCAUGUUACAGUGUUAACCUGGGGAACGCCUUCAAAGUCUCUAGUGGUCCUUGUUCCUUGAAUGUUUGUCUACAGUUUAUUGUCAUUAACAGAUGAACCAGUCAUGGUCUUUGCCUCUUGGGUACGCAGUUACCAACCUUAGGUUGUCUGAUUUAACUCUGGCCUUCUGUUGCUUUUCUUUUCAUUUGCCUUGAGCUUAGAUUCCAUGGUAUGAGGCAGACAGAGAAGGGUUCUUGGUUCUGUAAAGUCUAUACUCUAGUUGGUUCUGUUAGGACCCAGUCCUCUCUGUCUCUGGGUAUUAAGUCUAUACUCUAGUUGGUUCUGUUAGGACCCAGUCCUCUCUGUCUCUGGGUAUAAAGUCUAUACUCUAGUAGGUUCUGUUAGGACCCAGUCCUCUCUGUCUCUGGGUAUUAAGUCUAUAGACUCUAGUUGGUUCUGUUAGGACCCAGUCCUCUCUGUCUCUGGGUAUAAAGUCUAUACUCUAGUUGGUUCUGUUAGGACCCAGUCCUCUCUGUCUCUGGGUAUAAAGUCUAUACUCUAGUAGGUUCUGUUAGGACCCAGUCCUCUCUGUCUCUGGGUAUAAAGUCUAUACUCUAGUUGGUUCUGUUAGGACCCAGUCCUCUCUGUCUCUGGGUAUAAAGUCUAUACUCUAGUAGGUUCUGUUAGGACCCAGUCCUCUCUGUCUCUGGGUAUUAAGUCUAUACUCUAGUUGGUUCUGUUAGGACCCAGUCCUCUCUGUCUCUGGGUAUUAAGUCUAUACUCUAGUUGGUUCUGUUAGGACCCAGUCCUCUCUGUCUCUGGGUAUAAAGUCUAUACUCUAGUAGGUUCUGUUAGGACCCAGUCCUCUCUGUCUCUGGGUAUAAAGUCUAUAGACUCUAGUUGGUUCUGUUAGGACCCAGUCCUCUCUGUCUCUGGGUAUAAAGUCUAUACUCUAGUUGGUUCUGUUAGGACCCAGUCCUCUCUGUCUCUGGGUAUAAAGUCUAUAGACUCUAGUUGGUUCUGUUAGGACCCAGUCCUCUCUGUCUCUGGGUAUAAAGUCUAUAGACUCUAGAUGGUUCUGUUAUGACCUGGUCUCUGUCUCUGGGUAUAAAGUCUAUAGACUGUAAAGGCUUAAUGCAGGGGGCUUUGGCCCUGGACCCAAUAUUAUGCCAAAGUCUCACUUGUGACGAAGAAGGGGUGGGGACUGUAAAAUGUAAGGAUAGAAUGAAUCACUACUGAAAGUUGCAUGAUAAACCAAACCGCUGUGUGGGUUUAGGAGAAUUUUCAAAGUUACAGGGUGGCUUAUGGUUGAGUUGCUCUGAGUUUUAAUAUGGUGUGGUUUUCAUUUUAUUAUAAUUCUUUUAAUUUAAUUUUUUUUAUUUUAUGUUUUUAUUAAGUGCAGUUUAUAUGGUCUACGAUAUGUAAGAGAACUUGUGAAAACACAUUAUGUGUAAUUAAAUGUGUGAUAGUAGGGAUACUUUUGGAUAGAUACAAACAUUUUUUUUCUUCUGUGUUCUGUGUUGACAUAUGUGGGUGCACUAGUGGAGCUCUGUUCAGCCAAUCACAGAUGAAGUUGUGUAAGGACAAGAGGGGGGGUGUACAUUUGUGUAUGGAAGCGUGGGGGAGUGUAGAUUCUUUUUGGUUUUAAACCCUCCGUGCUUCUGCAUGCAUUGUAUGAAAAGACAUGGUAUGGAAGAGUUGGUAAAGCUUGACCUGAUUGUAUUACUCAUCCAAAGCCUUAGAAAACACCACGAGGUCGGCACAAUGCAACAAGCCAUUUCAAAUCGUCCUCUUGCCUAACCCUUGCUGUUUUGUCGCCACACAAAGCUUUCGUGGUAUAUAUAUGAUUGUUGUCUUUCACUCUAAACAUUUAUUUCUUGUUGAGUUCAGUUUUUCAAGAAGAUGAAUGUCUUAUUUCAUUUUGUUUAAUGCACGGAUUACAUUUUUGAUAUUUAGUUAAAGGAGUUUUGUCUUAGUAGAUUUUACCAGAAACUUUUGUAGGAUUCUGAAUAUUAGGUAAUUUGUGUGUUUUUUGUGUUCUUCAUACCAUAUUUUAGUUUUCUGAAAUUUCAUGUAAUGUUGAUUUGAAUAUAUACUGUAGUGUUAUGAUUGUAAACCCAAUGAUUUUUAUUUUCUGUGAACUGUAAGAAUUGUUUUCAUUUCUUGUCUGUUUGAGUUCCUUUAAACAAAGAUCUUUUAUGUGGGUGUCUGACUUUGAGGAAGUACUAGGAGAGUGAGGCUUGCUGUGACAACGCUCACUGACAAUGGAGUAUUAUUUUAAUGAUCGUCUGGUUUGUAACUAGUCACUCUUAUAAGGAAAAAAAUAUUAUAAAAAAAUCUCGUUCUUAGAUGUGUAGGUAAAAAAAAAAAAGAAGACAUUUUCUACUGUAUUCACUUCAAAUAGUAAAUAUUGUUUGAAUAUUUGUAAUCUCCCUGGAUGUCAGGCCAUGUUGAAAAUAUAGCUGCAUAUUUGAUCACUCUUAGGGGGCGUUGCAGUUUAGGUCAGGGUGUCGGAGGUGGGUCGAGCAUGGAGUACGCACACUGAUCUCUUUACUUAGCCACAAACAAACAAGGGGAAACCUACAGGGCUGUGGAAAAGUAUUUUCCCCCUUUCUGAUUUUCUCUAUUUUUGCAUAUAUUUGAUACUGAAUGUCAUCAGAUCUUCAACCAAAACCUGAUAUUAGAUAAAGAGAACCUGCAUUUACAAAUAACAACAAAAAUGAAUACUUAUUUUAUUUCAUUAACAAAGUUAUGCAACACCCAAUGCCCCUGUGUGAAAAACGAAUUGCCCCCUUACACUCAAUAACUGGUUGUUCCACCUUUAGCUGCAAUGACUGCAACCAAACGCUUCCUGUAGCUGUUGAUCAGUCCCUCACGUCGCCGUGGAGGAAUUUUCACCCACUCUUGCGUGCAUAACCGCUUUAACUCAAUAACAUUCGUGGGUUUUCAAGCAUUAACUGUUGAUUCAAGUCUGGCAACAACAUCUCAAUUGGGAUUAGGUCUGGACUUUGACUAGACCAAAUGUGUUGCUUUUUACCAUUUUCAUGUAAACAAUUGUGCGUUUUGGAUUAUUUUCUUGCUGCAUGACCCAGCUGUGCUUCAUAUUCAGCUCACAGACGGAUGGCCUGACAUUCGCCUGUAGAAAUCUCUGAUACAGAGCAGAAUUAAUGGUUCCUUCCGUUAAUAACUUUUCAUGUUCAAAAUUGUGCACUCUCCUCAAACAACAACAUGGUAUUCUUUCACUGUAAUAGCUACUGUAAAUUGUACAGUGCAAUUAGAUUAACAAUAAUGUAAGCUUUCUGCCAAUAUCAGAUAUGUCCUGGCAAAUGUUCUUGUUAGUUACAUCCUCAUGCUAAUCGCAUUAGCCUACGUUAGCUCAACCGUCCCCUGGAAGGGACACCGAUCCCGAAGAAGUUUUAAGGCAAUUUGUCCAGGUCCUGAGGCAGCAAAGCAUCCCCAAACCAUCACACUGCCACCACCAUGCUUGACUGUUGGUAUGAGGUUCUUACUGUGGAAUGCAGUGUUUGGUUUUAGUCAGGCAUAAUGGGACCAGCUGGGUCCUGCAGCAAGACAAUGAUCCAAAACACACAAUCAAGUCUUCAUGAAAAUGGCUAAAAAGCAACAAGUUUUGGAAUGGCCUAGUCCAGACUUAAUCCCAAUUGAGAUGUUGUGUCAGGACUUGAAACGACAGUUCCUGCUUGAAAACCCACAAAUGUGGCUGAGUUAAAGCAGUUCUGCUUAAGAGAGUGGGUCAAAAUUCCUCCACAGCGACGUCAUUUUUAUUUAAUAAAAAAAGAUGUGUUUAUUUUAUUUAACUAGGCAAGUCAGUUAAGAAGAAAUUCUUAUUUACAAUGACAGCCUAUCCCGGCCAAACCCGGACGAUGUUGGGCCGAUUGUGCACCGCCAUAUGGGACUCCCAAUCAUGGCUGGAUGUAAUACAGCCUGGUCAUUGCAGCUAAAGGUGGCACAACCAAUUAUUGAGUGUAAGCGGGCAACUACUUUUUCACACAGAGGCAUUGGGUGUUACAUAACUUUGUUUAUGAAAUAAAUGAAAUAAGUAUGUAAUUGUUGUGAUAUAUUUGUUCACUCAGGUUCCCUUUAUCUAAUAUUAGGUUUAGUGAUGAAGAUCUGAUACCAUUCAGUAUCAGAAAUAUGCAGAAGUAGAGAAAAUCUGAUAAGGAGCAAAUACUUUUUCACAGCAUUGUAGGUGAAGAAGGUUGACUUUUUUGCACUUCUGUACAUAGUCAAAAAAGAGAGAAUCAUGUAUAAAAUUUAGAUCUUAUUUUGAAUAAAAAAUAUCUAUAACUACAAUACAUUUUGCUAGGAUAAUUAAAAAAAAGAAUCAAAGGCUGAAUAAAACUGCUUGUAUAAAGGGGCACAAGAGUUCUCACUCUGUAGCCCUUCCAGAAAAAGGCAAUGUGUUGCUCUUCUUUUUUGCCAGCGGCUUUUAGUUUGUCAGGAAACAUUCAGGUUAAGGUGUGCAUUAACCUCUAUAGAAAAGGGCCUGACUGGAUUUGUCCGGUUUCAUGGCAACGUUCUUCCAGGCCCAACCAAUCAAAACAAGUCCUGUUUUAGCCAGAAAGGAAUGCAUGUUAAAGGAAACAAAACAUAUACCUUUGGAAAAUAACUACUUCACAACAGAGUAAUAUUGAAUAAGUCAAUAUGUUACACAGCAUUUACAGUAUACAGUAUAAUAUCAAUGUAAUGGACUAAAAUAAAAUAAAUAAAAAAACAGUGGUUUAUUAAAAAGACUAAGAAUAUACUCAUUUCAAGAGUUAUAACUCCUACAGUACAUACAGUACAUACAACUGAAACACCAUAGCUGUCAGUAUGUCUCUUUCUGUUUAGAAGCUAUGCUUCUGGUUGAUGAAAUGGACAACAACAUACAAGUAGUUUGCCAGGUAAACUAUAGGGAACCUAUGAACAGUUUUCUGUGUUACUCAUGGGCUUCAACGUUAGUCCAAACCUUGACACGACUUUUCAUCUGUCACAAGCAUAUGCCUGAUGUUAUAAUAUGAUGUAAUCUGAACUUUACGUUUUCUCAGCUUGUAGUGCUAAAACGAUGUAUUCUGUCUUCUGCUGCCGUUUGGUCUCUGCUUAUUUUAUUGUUCAGAGCCCCCUGAAAGGAUUUGUGCCAUGGAGCCAGAUGUCCACCUCCUCUGCAAAGCACAUGUUAUGUAAGCACUGAUCUAAAGCCACAAUCUAAAGCCAUAAUAUAUUUUCCAUAUAAAUGAAUCAAUGUAACAGUAUUCAUAAGAGUGAAGGUGCAUGAUUGGUUGGCCAGGGGAAUUUUUGGUCUCCCGUUUAUAAAGCUGGUCUUAACAAAGUUGAGUGAUUGAUGAAGAUGCACUGUGCUAACUUGGAAGGAAUUAUUUGACUGGCAAUGGCUAUCAUGUGGGAAUCCUUUCAUAGGACUUCAACGGCUGUCAUGUUGGAAUCCUUUCACCAGGGUUCAAUCGGUUCUAUCAUGUGGGAAUCCUUUCACCAGGGUUCUGUCAUGUUGGAAUCCUUUCAUCAGGGUUCUGUCAUGUUGGAAUCCUGUCACCAGGGUUCUGUCAUGUGGGAAUCUUGUCACCAGGGUUCUGUCAUGUGGGAAUCUUGUCACCAGGGUUCUAUCAUGUGGGAAUCCUUUCACUAGGGUUCUAUCAUGUGGGAAUCUUGUCACCAGGGUUCUAUCAUGUGGGAAUCUUGUCACCCGGGUUCUAUCAUGUGGGAAUCUUGUCACCAGGGUUCUAUCAUGUGGGAAUCUUGUCACCAGGGUUCUAUCAUGUGGGAAUCCUUUCACCAGGGUUCUGUCAUGUUGGAAUCCUUUCACCAGGGUUCUGUCAUGUUGGAAUCCUUUCACCAGGGUUCUAUCAUGUGGGAAUCUUGUCACCAGGGUUCAUUCAUGUGGAAAUCUUGUCACCAGGGUUCUAUCAUGUGGGAAUCCUGUCACCAGGGUUCUGUCAUGUUGGAAUCCUUUCACCAGGGUUCUAUCAUGUGGGAAUCCUGUCAGCAGGGUUCAUUCAUGUGGGAAUCCUGUCACCAGGGUUCUAUCAUGUGGGAAUCUUGUCACCAUGUUCUAUCAUGUAUGAAUCCUUUCACCAGGGUUCUGUCAUGUUGGAAUCCUUUCACCAGGGUUCUAUCAUUUGGGAAUCCUUUCACCAGGGUUCUAUCAUUUGGGAAUCCUUUCACCAGGGUUCUAUCAUGUAGGAAUCUUGUCACCAGGGUUCUGAUGCUUUAUAUGAUUCUUGCUGUCAAAUAUAAAAAUAAAAAAAUAUAAUAAAAAUACAUAAAAUCCAAUAAAAGGGAAUUUGCUC